AUGGAUCAAAGCAACGCCAGGACUCUUAUUCUGUCAGGAGUCGCUGCUGCGGUGGUAGUGCGCUUCCUGUUCCAUCUUCGCAAAGUUUACACCUCCCCACUCGCUACACUUCCAGGACCAUGGUGGCUGCCAUUGCUCGAGUCGAGAACGCUGAUAGCUAUUGGCUGUACGCUAAGCGGGUGGACUGUGUAUCCUCUAAAACAUUUGGCCGUUCAUAGAAAGUAUGGACCUGUUGCCCGUGUGGGUACGACUUGGAUUAGCUUGGCAAGACCCGAUAUAGCUCGUUAUAUCUUGCAGUCAGAUGCUAUAGACAAGCCAGCGUUUGUGUACAAGACCUUUAGAUAUAACGAAUACGGUGACAACUUGUUCACCGCACUGGACCACGGAGAACACAAGAGAAUGCGUAAAGCCAUCGCUCCAGCAUUCGGCAUUCAGCAUCUUCGAAGUGUAGAAGGAGGCUUUUACGAAAACUUUGGUAUCCUAGCUACACAAUUAGACAAGCUCAUUGACGCCAGUCCCAAUGGCGAGAUACACGAGAAUGUGUGGCAGAAACUCAAAUUGUUUAUGGCUGAUUGUCUAGGCGACAGUGCAUUCGGCGGCAGUUUCGGAUCAAUGACAUCCACAACUGGCGCCGCAAAAGUUCCAGAUUUAGUCUAUGCCAUCUUUUCUAAAAAAGUGCUCAUGUCUGUAUUAAGCUUCUUAAAGUAUUUCCCAAACCCCAUUUUGCAUGAUGCUCAUGCAAAGACGUCGGAACUGGCUGCGAUUAUUGAGCCGUUGAUUGAUGAUCGUAUUGCUGGAAAGACUAGAAGAGCUGAUUUGCUACAAGUUUUGGUUGACGGUGCAAGCGCAUCAGACACAGACGGCCCUCUGGGUGAUGCAGAACGCUUAGCCCGAAACGAAAUCGUGUCAAACUCGCUCCUCUUCUUAUCGGGAGGAAUCAACUCGACAUCACGAACCAUGGCAUUCAUGCUCAUCAGUCUAAUCCGCAACCCCAUCGCAUACAAGAAACUGCAACAAGAGAUUGACAAUACCCCCGUUGAUCCAUUAACGGGAUACAUACCGCCCGAAGUCUGUAAACAGCUACCAUACCUGAAUGCAUGUAUCAACGAAACCUUACGGCUGCACGGCGUAACCUGGGUUGUUCGAGACCUGAAUCGCGACGUCCGUUUCGGUGAAUUCUUCUUCCCGAAAGGUACCAGUGUCAUGGUGCCUUUGUUUGUCUUAAUGAGAGAUCCAGACGUUUGGGAGAAUGCAGAUGCGUUUAUUCCUGAACGGUUCUUGGAUGGGUCCAAGAAGGAUGCUGCUGGAUUCUUGCCAUUCAGUUCCGGCGAAUAUAACUGUAUCGGACGCAACUUUGCUCUCAACGUGACAAAAAUCUGUAUCGCCAAUCUGCUCAAACGGUUCGAAUUCGGCGACGUGGAUCCAAACCAUUCUUUGGAAUUGAUUGUAGAUGGCUUUACCAGUUUGAGAUACCUGCCAUAUAUGAUGACGGUGCGCAAACAUCGAACGGUUGAAGAGUAG